AUGAAGAAAACUUUUAAUUAUUUUAGAGCGAACCCAUGUGGAAAUAUAACAGGCUUUGUUGUAGCUCCUGUCUAUCCAGGAUAUAGAAAAGCCUAUACAGACUGUAUCAUUGACCAAAUAGAUAAGGAUGUAGAACAAGUUGGAUUUAUUUCUCCAGCCUAUGAAGGCGCACCACUUAGGAUGGAUAUGAUGGGUGGAGAAUUUUGUGCUAACGCAACAAGAGCUUAUGGACUUUACUCUGCAGGCUUCUAUGAUACUGAUGGACUUGUUGAUAUUGAAGUUUAUGUAAGUGGUCAUAAAGGAACAACAGAUGUAAUUGCAGAUGUUAAAAAUCAAAAGGCUUAUGUUGCCCUUGAUGGUCCUAUUGGAAGAGAAAACUUAAGAAUAGAUAGCAAGGACUGCACUCUUAUUAAGCUUAAUGGUAUUAGUCACUUAGUUGUUGAAGAGGAAGAAGACAGAGACUUUGUAGAUAAGGCUCUUGAAGUCCUUAAAAAAGAUCACAAGGACGAAGCAUACGGGGUUCUUUUCCUUGAUAAAGAAAAACUUGAUAUGAUUCCUUACGUUUAUGUAGAAGGUUCUGAUACCUUAUUUAGAGAAAGCUCUUGUGGAUCAGGAACUAUUGCUGUAGUAAACUAUCUUGAAGAGGAUAUUGCAAAACUUGGUGAAGAUUAUAAAAUUUCUAUCAAG